GCUUGGAGACAGUACAAGAAAAUAAGUAGUGGUACUAAUGAAGGGUAUGUCACUUUCUAUAGUCUCAGUUUAUUAUCCUUUCUCUCUGCCAAAACUUUCUCAAUUUCAUGGCUGCUUCAAUCCAAACAAUACCUGCUCAAGAUGGAGGCAGAAAUGCCCAAGAAUCAGAUGCUGUAUUAGACAGACAGCAAGUACAAGAACAGACAAGAAUUACUAUGAGUUGCUUGGAGUUUCUGUCGAUUCAGAUGUCAAAGGAAUCAAAGAAGCUUACAGGAAGUUGCAGAAGAAAUACCACCCUGAUAUUGCUGGCCAACAGGGUCAUGAGUAUACUUUAAUGCUGAAUGAGGCUUAUAAGAUCCUGAUGAGGGAGGAUCUAAGGAGAGAGUAUGAUAUUUCCAUUGGUCAAUAUGGGAAAAACAAUAAUGUUGUAAUGGGUUUCAGCUCCUGGAGAGGGCCAUUCAGAUCCCAAGCUCUAUUUGUUGAUGAAAACGCAUGCAUAGGAUGCAGAGAAUGUGUGCACAAUGCCUGCAACACAUUCGUGAUGGAUGAAGCUAACGGAAGUGCAAGAGUCAAAGUUCAAUUUGGAGACGAUGACCAACAAAUUCAGGUUUCAGUUGAUUCAUGCCCUGUGAACUGCAUUCACUGGGUUGAUACGGAAGAAUUAGCAGUGCUUGAGUUUCUGAAUCAACCUAAACUUAAGGAAGGAUAUGGUGUAUUUGGACAAGGCUGGGAAAGACCUACUAAUGUUUUUGUGGCAGCAAAGUCAUUCAGUAAGCAGUUAAAACAACAGCCUGACUAUUUUCAAAGUAAUGCACGAUCAACUGUUGAAGAAGAGACGCCUGCUCAAGCUGAGGCUCGAGCCAAUGCUAGCAUGAAAAUCAAGAUGGAGAGGUUUUCAGAAAUUUGGAACUUGGUUAAGAAAACUUUUUGGUUCAAACAUGAGGAAUAGGAAGUGAAACGACCGUGCAUACCACAAAAGGGUACUUUGACCUUUCAAAGAUCUACCACAGAGCAUACAGUCUCCAGCUUCCAAAAACUAGAUCGCAAAUAUAAUGUAAAACAUAGGAAAAAUGCAAUGUGUACUGCAACUUAUGCUUCAUAUAUAUGUAGAGCAUGUACUGUGAGUGAAUGUAAAAUACUAUUUGUAUAUUUCAUAAAAUGUCAGUUUCUCACCA